AUGGAGACAAAAGGCGACUCACUUCAGCAGGUAGGUGGUGACUUGGUGCAGCAUUCAUUCAGGUGUUCAGUUUUUAAAUUAGAGCUUUAAAACUAAUCAAUAUUUUUGACUUCUUUUCGUCUGUUUUUUAUACCCAGCCUUUCAAGCUCACAGAAAACAAGGUGCAAUUGAAAUUUCCCCAAAAAGCAUCAACUUUUAUUUAUUGUAUUUAGGCCUACCUGGAUGCUCAAAGUCGUCCUCCUAUUCGGGUUACUCAGUCCGCCAGGAUCUAAAAGGUGAUGCAAAACAAAAUUCAGAUUUUGCGCCUUAAAUUUUGACAGAUGACAAAGGUUGUAAAGCGAGUGACCAAGUUUUUAAAAUCCACACUUCCUCGAUGCGCCCCAUCAGCGAUUCGCGCAUGGCAGUUAAAUGUUCCCACGUCUAAAGUGUAAUGCGCAUGCUCAAAAUGGAGCGUGCCGUCAGCGUUUUCAAUGAAAAUCCCAGCUACCUGUUGCGUCUCCGAAAUAUCCUAAUUUAAAACGCAAUUAAUGUUGUCAUGAGAAUUAUAUGUAUAUGUAAGGUACUAACAGUGAAGACAAAUUUCCCUACUGGACAAUAAAACCAAUUUAUCAAUAUCGAGAUUUUAAAAAAAAGUCGAGAAGACGAACUGAUAUAUCGAAAUAACGAGAUGAUAAUACGCCGUUCUUGGUUUCUGUAGUUUCACAGUGAAAAUAACUUGUUAAAGUUGUCCUCUCUCCUGCUCUUUUUAGGUGGACCUGAAACGUCCAAAUGAGGAUGCAGCGUAAGUAACUCAAUUCUAUGUCUUUUAUUUUGUAGGAUGUAGAAGGAAGUAGGUGUAUAAAUCAGCAAAAUCAAACUUGCACUAUUACAAAUCUCAGCAUUCAAACACUUUUCCACCACUACAGCAACUUGUUAUAUCUCUUCAUUGUAAUGCGCUGAACACACACUAGAGGUCAGUAGAUGUCAGUAACUGAUGAAGCUUGCUUAUGAAUUUAGCUGUAUGCACAUGAAAUAGGCAUACUCUUAAAUACACAAUGCAAUUCUGAUGAAUGUUUGGGUUGAAAGUUAAAAAUUAAAGCAAGAGUAAAGCGUGAAGUUUUGUCAGUCCUCCAACAGACUUGUACAUGACUUCACAUCAAGUGUGUGUGAAUUUGUGUGUUGUUGGUGUUGCUAUGUAGGAACCUCAAAUAAUUUGCUAAUUUGUUCUUAAGGUCACCCAAAAUGGAUCUAGAGACUUCACUAGAGGAAUGCACAGCUGCUCUUGAUCUUUUUCUGGACAACAGAUUUGCCGAUGCCUUGGCUCUCUUAAAACCCAGGUAAGCUUCUUUAUCAUUCCUUUGUAAAGUGCAAUGUGGGGUACAGUUGCUGAUUGCGCUGAUUCUUGAAUUACAUAUGUGUAAAAGAGUGUUUUGUUUCCACUUGUCCCCCCCAGGAAGAGUCACAGCAUGUACCAUGCAAUGGGCUACAGCAGUAUCCUUGUGAUGCAGGCCGGCAUGACCUUUGAGCCGAAGGACAUGGAUGCUGCCAUGACGUCACUGAGAGAAUCCCUGCAGACAUGUCAAAAGUAUGACAUAAAUGAUUUCUAAAAUGUUUCAUAAACUUUAUUUACAUCAAUUUAUUGGUCAUGGCUAAAUUCAAAGAAAAACUACUGUUGGACGUCUCCUAUGAAAAAGUAACUGAAUGCCGUGUGUUCUUUACAUCAGUUUUAGGAAGAAAACUGGAAUAGUAGAGACUCUGACUAAUUUGUGGUACAGACAACCAGCUGACAACCUGACAGAGGGUGAGUGCAUGGUUCAUUUUCACAUGAAACACCCCAGAGAAUGUGUUCACUUGAUAGCAUACCACAUGAGCACAAUUUUCCCAUCCAGGAAAAUGAAAUGAUUUUUAAUGGCAAUUUAAUCAACAAUGUACCCAUUUAGGCAGAGAUGAGCACAAUUGACCAAAAUCUGGAUAAAUGCUUCUGAUUAAGGACUAGUCACAGCACGAAAUGCCAGCUUGGUCACAGUUAGAGCUGAACAUAAGAAGUCUUCUGUGUGGCUCUAUUUUUUACCUAAAAAGGAUAUUCCAAUAAACUAUAUCAGUGGAAUGAGAUUUAUCUUCUUUAUUUUAUCAUGUAUGAAUCCUAUAACCCAUCACAUUUCAGGUCCCAGACAUGGUUGACUGUAAUCUACAAGAAGGAUUAGCAAUGUGCAUCAAUCCUGGAUUAUCUAUUCAGUGAAACUGCAAAUAAUUUAUUUACUUUUUGUAAAAAAAAAAAAAAAAACAUACAGCCAACAUGUGGUGCCUAUGUCUUGUUAACAGAGGAGAUGCAUGCAGAGCUGUGCUAUGCUGAAGUUCUGCUGCAGAAAGCUGCGCUGACUUUCCUGGAUGAGAGUAUCAUCGGCUUCAUCAAAGGAGGGAUGAGAAUCCGGAACAGUUAUCAGAUUUUCAAGUAAGAAUAUUCAGGGGGGCUUCUAUGUGAAACAUUUAACAAAAGCCAAAUUAACAUGUAUAAUUAACUGAUAUGUUGUCCUUCUGAAUAGGGACUGCCAGAGUUUGGUUAAUGUCACUAAAGACCAGGAGAAACAGACAAACACAUACGUUCAUUUCAGAGGCGGCAUCAGCAUGGGCAUUGGAUCUUUUAACCUGGUGAGAGAUUCAAGAAAGCAUUUGUAUCAUCCUGUAGGCUCGUAUUUAUGGAUCUGUGCCUAAUAUAAUGCUUUACUGUAUCUUAAUGAACCAUUUUAUGAUCUAAAUUUGUGUCUGCAGAUGCUGUCUCUGCUCCCAUCCAGAGUCUUGAGAUUGAUGGAGUUUUUGGGCUUCUCAGGAGAUCGGGUAAGUACCACCACAUGAAGCCUGUGCACCUUUAAUUUUGUUUAAACCCAUAAAACAAUCGUUGUGAUUUCAUAGUCAGUGUUUUAUGUCAAGUUUAACAUAUAAUUGUCUUACAGGAAUUAGGUUUGUCUGAGUUGAGACAGGGAGCGGGCAGCCACAGCCUGCGAUCCAUCCUCAGUGCCCUGACUCUGCUCAUGUAUCACCUGUACAUUACAGUCAUUCUGGGUAAGAGUGCUGUUCAAUGGGAUUGAUUUCCUCUAUAAAAUCUUCAUAAGUUUCCCUUUUAAAAGAUUUCUCUGAUGGAGUUUUUUGGGGUUAAAGUUUAAAUUCCCUCUUGGCAGAGGAUUGAAUGUGAUAAAUGGGUUUGAAAUGUGGCUAAAUGUGAGAAAAUUAAGGCCAGGAGGUAAACCCACACAACAUCAGACAUUAUACAGAUACAAUCACACACCCUAACUACACUCUAUAAAUAUAACUGAUGAAUAAUGACUUGUGUUAGAAAUAUAAAAGAGAACCUGGUAUUUUCCUACAUUGUAUGUGGGAGCAGGAGGUUUUGUCCAAAAUCUCUCUGUACUGAGAGAUCAUGGUCAAAUAAGUAAUGUAUCAAAAUGUACAUUUUCUGUAAUUUUGGUUGAUACAAUCAUGGCCUGUCAGCCAUGUACAAAAGCAGUGAAAAAUAUAAUGAAAAAAAACCCUCAUAUUCUCAUCUCUCCCACCUUCUCCUUCAGGUACCGGUGAAGGAAACCUGACUGAGGCUGAAGCCCUGCUUGCACCCUACACUCAAAAGUUCCCCAAUGUGAGUAGGUACUUAUAAAACAUCUGGUGGAGAUGCUGCUCCAAAGAAUUUAGUAAACAUUUUGAGAGUUAAUUAUUUGUACUUUGUCCACAGGGAGCUCUCAUUCUUUUCUACACUGCAAGGAUUGCUUUGCUGAAGGGGAACUUCACAUUUGUGAGUUCUGCAGUUUCUCUUCAGUAUCUCUGUGUUUUUGAUUGCAAUCUUAACUCAUGAAGAUGUAGUUAAAGACAACUGAUCUGUGUCUGUGUUGCUCUGCAGGCUCAGGAGAAGUUCUUGGCAUGUAUAGCGGCACAGGAAGAGUGGCGCCAGAUUCACCACCUGUGUUACUGGGAGCUUAUGUGGGCCUACUCCUUUGAACAAAAUUGGCAGGAGGCGUAUCGAUACGCUGACCUUCUCUGCAAAGAGAGCAAGUGGUCACAGGUAUUUUAAUGUCCCUUUUUUUCUUUCUGCUUUAAUAACACUUGUGAAUGUUUUUUCACUUUUUGUGACAUGCUGAUACUUCUCUCUUUGCAGGCUGUUUAUGUCUUCCAGAAAGCUUCCAUCUUGAGCAUGCUGCCAGAGGAGGAGGUGAAGAAGCUUGGAGAAAACGUGGUGGAGUUAUUCAGGUGUGCCUUUUUAAAGAACGAUUAUUGUUGCAUGAAACCUGAACUUUGCUCCACAUUUGAUUUUCCAUACAGUAACUGAAACAUUUGGUUUGUAGGCAGGUGGACAGCCUCAGGCUGAGGAUUGCUGGUAAGUCGAUUCCAACAGAGAAGUUUGCGGCUAAGAAGGCUCAGCGGUACUCCUCUUCCUGCCCUGUCAAACUGGUUGUCCCUGCUCUGGUGAGGACACAUGCACAAUCCUACUUUGGAUGAUGAAUUUCAAGCCUGUACUCCUUUCUCAUUCAACUUAAUGUCUUUUCAGGAAAUGAUGUAUGUAUGGAAUGGUUUCACAGUAGUUGGCAAAAGACCUGAGCUGACUGAAAACAUCUUGAGCACACUAGAAAAAGCAGAGGAGCAGCUCAGGAAAGAACCAAGUAAGAGAAAUUAAAGACUUAAAAAAUAGCACCCACCUUUUCCUUUCUCAUCACUCUGAAACUAAAACUGUUUCUUUUUUAACCUGUAGAUCCAUCGGAGUAUCACCUGGAUGACCAGUGUGUUGUUCAGCUGCUGAAGGGCCUGUGUCUCAGACAGCUGGGCCGUCUAGUCCAGGCUGAGCUCUGCUUCAAUCAUGUCAUUUCCAGGUAUUAUAAUCUUUACUCCACUGCAACACAAAGGCAGAUUUUGAGUCUUUUGUACAAACUCAAUGAAAUCAUGGAGCUGGCCCAAGGGAAAAAAAAAAGAAUUGUGUUAUUUUAUAGUUGUACCAUUUUAGAGGUGACUUUAAAGCAUGUUUUUAUAGGAAAAGUGUGAUUUAAGUCAGCUUUGGAGUGAUUACAGUGGAAUACAUUAAUUUAAUUUAUGAUAUUGGUCAUAAUAUUUUAUAUUUCUCACCUCUCCUUAAUGAAUGUAAUGCAAACACAGACACUUUCCUCUUCAAGUGAUGAGAUGUCUUUAUUUUAUUUUUUGCUCAGUUUCAUUCUUGAACAACUGAAUUGACCCCCUCAUAUUUUUGUUUUGCAGUGAAAAUGAUAUCAAGCAUGACACCUACUUGGUGCCUUAUACCAUGUAUGAGUUGGGCCUGUUACACCGACAGAAAGGUGACAUCGCUACUGCCAUCACUGUGAUAGAAAAUGCAAUGUAAGUUGGUGCUUGGUGAAUCAUGGCCUUAAAAGCAAAGAUAGUUUGCAAUUUGUUGAAGCAAAAACAGUCAUUAUGAAAUGUUAUCCCUAUCUGAGAGAAUAUUCAACAUUUGAGAUGCAGUGUGGUUAUGUCUUGGGUUUUUGAAGCAACAAAACUGUGGCCUUGGAUGGAUGCUGUUGCUACACUUUCUUAUAGUCACACACCCUGUCCUGUAGUUAAGGUUAAUGUGUAGAGUUAACAUUUGGGGGAAAAAAAGACUUAAAAAGGAAAAGCUAAGAUGUGUUCUCGUCUGCAGGACAAACUACAAAGACUACAACAUGGAGUCAAGGCUACACUUCCGCAUCCAUGCAGCACUCAACACCAUGGGCUCAUUCGCAGCCAAACUCCCCCCUUCACGUACUCCGGCUUAA